UCUCUACUUCAGUCCAAAUCUCAGUCAGAAUUAACAAAACUUAAAUUUCCUCUACAGUUAAUAUUUAUAUUCCUUUUCCUUUCCGAUGGCUCGAAUGCCCUACACUUGGCGACAACCGGCCUAUCCGGGUGAUGAGAGCGACAAGCGUUGGAUUGAUCCCAGCUUGAUUGUCCUGUGCCAGAAUGCCAAUGUGGAUGGCGCAUUGCCGUCGCUCCUCGACACAUUGUACGAACCGAUUGGCCGAAAUCUUGUGGCCUCUGUUUUUGUCCACGAAACGCUGCGCGAAGAGUUCAUGACGAAGGUGCGCGCUGGCAUGACGGUGAUGCAUCGUCAGGUGAUGCGGCAUGCUCUAUACCAGAAGGCAUUGCAACGAGUCGAGUGUUUGGGCGCCGAGACAGUGACAUUGCUGCAACCGGAUGACAUUGGGUUCGAGUACAGCAUGGUCGAUGGAUCGCCGAUAAUCGUGUGUGACUUUAGCCAAAGCUACUUUAGCACACAGCAUCCAAGCACUGUGGUCACACUGCACACCUUUCGCCACAGUCAGGAGCUGGCCGAAUUGGUGGCCAAGGAGAAACUGCCGUUUGCGAGUGCCACCAUCUGGUGUCCCAAGAUGUCGGCUGCCUACGAAAUCGCCCUGUUCCUCGACGUAUCCGCCGUCUACAUCAAUUGUGCCGAUGUCUCGCUGCUGCCCAUCGCCGAGCAGCAUCGCAACGCAGAGCCAUUUGCUCUGCUCCAGGGUCAGCAUCAUUACGAGGUGCACAUGCUGAGCGGUCGCCCCAAAGCGAUUGUCUUUCCGGCACCACUGUCGGAGCAUCUGCUGGCAAAAAAGUGAUGUCCUCCUUGCGUAUACGUAAUAUUUGUUUAACAUGUAAUCAACACGAAAAUUCAAGUAUUUUGCUCACUUUUAUGUGCCUCUUAUUUGAUUGCUUAAAUACGAUUUGUUUUUGUUAAUUUCAUACAUUUGUUCUAUAUUCCUUUC